CCCCGCGCACUUCUUUUCUCUUAUCACUCCUUCAAUUGUCCUCAAACUUAUUCAAGAAGCAUCGUUUUGAUUCCAGACACUCGUUAAUGCAACUCCCGCGAUCAAAGCAUUAUUUACUGAAAGCGAAUUGACAUUUCUGCUGCGCUCGUCUUUGUUGAUUUAACAACAUAGAAAUCCAAGCUCUCCCCAGCCACCGCACUUUUCUCGAAUUGACCUUCAAUUGAUCCAAUUCCCCAUCGAAAUCUCUCUCCAAGCAAGCCCGACCGACCGCACAAUGGCCGAGUCACCCGCCAACUACGACGACCUGAUCCCGGACGACGACGCCGGCGACGUGGAGAUGGGCACCGAAGCCGUAGUCGAGAUUGAAAGCUCCGUAGCUCCAUCUACCGGCCUCGUCGACGAAGAGGGAAAUGGGCUGCCGUUUGAGGAAGAGGGUACGAUGGAUGAGGCUCGGCCGGCGAGAGUUACCUACAUUGAUUACUUGAAGAGUCCGGUUAUUGGGUUAUUGGUGGGACAAGGGGAUGAGCAGGCGCUUUUAAUGGCGCAUCAAAUGUUGUUGGAGAGUAGUCCGUGGUUUAAGGAUGCGUGCUCGAAGUUCAGUGAUGAGGUUUCGGAGCGCAGAAUUGACCUCAUAGACGAAGACCUUGAUGCCGUAGGAUGCUUCCUCGAAUUCCUCUACACCGGCGACUACUUCCCGCGCAAAAUCGCCGGCACUAAAGACCUCGAACGCGACCCCGCCACGCCCACCGUCGACGAGACCGGCGACCAGCUCCUCAAACACGCUCGAGUCUAUACGCUGGCGGAAACGCUCACUCUACCCACCUUGAAGAACUUGGCGAGCUCGAAGAUCCAUUGCGUGAACUCGACGGCUAAGGGCGAGAUUGCGUACGCUAGAUACGUGUAUGCACAUACGCACAAGGACGAUACGGCGAUCAGGGCUCCCGUGGCUAAUUUCUGGGCGACGAGAUCGCAUACUCUUAGGUCGGAGGCCGAGGUUGAGUUUAGACAGAUGUGUCUGGAGUUUCCGCAAUUCGCUUAUGAUGUGCUUACGCGUGUCCUGGACGAGAAACUCAAGCGCGAAAAGCAGGAGAAGAUGCAUCCCACACCAGGCAGUUCGCGAAAGCGUCCUCGUGGAAGUGUAGUCUAGAUCUCUUGUAAAUACCCGCACUUUCAGUUGUCAAAAUCUCAGGAGUCUAGAUGGUGGUAUACUUUGUUAUUUACUUGGCGGUGCUUUACCUUUUUCUUCCAGUUGCUGGAACGCGUAAAUCUGUGUACCACCUCAAUCGAAAGGAAAUAUAAUGGAAUGGGAGGAAGGAAUAUAUUGCUUAAAGAGCUAGGGAUGGGGAGAUGUAUGAUCAGAUGGAUAAAAGCAAGAUCGCUAUUGUAUACUAGAAGCUCAUUCUUACAUUGCAUCAACCAAUUAAGUGUGUUCGCCAAU